GAGUAAUUGUUUAGGACCUACUCCUCCUCCUCCAAGCUAAAACCCUACAGUUCAAAGAUUGAAGUAUAGUUGAAAGAUUGAAGAAGACCCGCAGUCCCCUCUUAUCAAGAUUCAGACUUGUUUAUAUCAAUCAAAUCACCACGAAUGUCUGCUUCCAUACGAAUCUCUCCGUACAACUUUUUCCAUCCCAAGUCCAGAUUAGAGUUCACCGAAUCCCCCAAGUUCGCGCUUCUCAGAGAUGGAAAUUCAAUUUCAUAUUUCAAAGGAAGACAAGCGAUAAUCGGUGUCCGUCAUGCAAAGGUAUUGACUAAUUACAGCGAAGACAAAGAAACGAUCCAAAUACUCGACUCUUCUUCUCCGAUCUCUAUUCAACUUCAACAAAUAGAUAGCGAUUCCCACUUUGAUCAAGUAAUUGAUGAAGCCCAGAAGAUAAACCAACCGGUGGUGAUUCUAUGGAUGGCUAGUUGGUGCAGGAAAUGUAUAUAUCUGAAACCCAAAUUGGAAAAACUUGCAGCAGAUUAUUACCCAAGAAUAAGAUUCUAUUCUCUUGAUGUCAACAAAAUUCCUCACAAGCUGGUGGUUAGAGCAGGAGUUACAAAGAUGCCAACGAUUCAGUUAUGGAGGGACUGCGAGAAGAAAGGAGAGGUGAUAGGAGGGCAUAAAGCUCAUCUUGUUAUCAAUGAGGUGCGCGAUAUGAUUGAUAACGAAGAAUGAAUUCAAGUAGCUCUUACUUUUUUAUUGAACGAAUUAAGUUCAUUUUUCUUUAAAAGAUGAUAAAGAAUAGUUAUUUACAAAAGAAUACAACAAAUGAUGGUUCAAAACCCCCAAAACAUGGAACCUAUAUUGUUAAUGUUAGUUGCUUUUAU